AGGUCACCACUACAUAUAACGCGCGCCGUCGCCUAAAAAACCCGCCUUGGACGUCCACAUGUAAUACUCAAUGUCCAUGCAUGCCCUUCUAUGCCCAUCCACGCUUCCGGGUCGUCAUCGGUAAGCUGCACGGAAGAUGACGUCCAGAAUGCCGCCACACUCUCCUCGGACGAGAAGCAACACUAGCACUUCUAGCAUACCGGAAAGCAAACCGAUAUCGUACACACCGAUAUGCACAAGCGAUGAAUACGUCAAAGCUAUCGCGCACCAUUCCCAGCAAUCCAGCGCCGAGACGCUGUAUCCCGGGGAGAUCUAUGAUACGCUAAGACGGUUUCUUGAGCAAAAACCAGAUCCUGUAUUAAACGCUGCAAACCAUGAGUCCAGCGAUUUCGCUUGGCUCGUCAGUCCAACCCAGCUGGGCCAGCAUUCUUCGUCGGACAAACAAUUGCUGUCGGACACACAUUCGUUGUCGGACGGCAAUAAGAAUCAGGGACGGUCGGAGGGAUUUUCUGAUCCGGAGUCAUGCAUAGAGGCAUUGAGAAAUAACAUCGAGUUAUCGCAUCCACAAGUGUUAUUCCUACGGGGCCAUCCUUCACCGAGCUGGCUUUCAACCAUCGGCGCUUUUUGCCGUGUCGAUCCCGAACUAUUUCGCUGGUUUCUCAGAUACCGUGCAGGACCAGGGAGCGACCAUUAUUUCGACUCCGCUCCUUCUAUAAUGAGCAACAUAUUUCGCUUCAAAUUCUUUACCAUCGGAUCCAAAAACCAACGACAUCCAUCAUCUCAGGAGGAGGUAGACGCCUUGCGUGAGAAGGCAGCCAACGAUCUCCAGAGGUACCAGAACGAUUUGAGGGGACCCUGGGCUCUGAAGCCAGGCGACUCGAUUGUGAGGAAUUUCCAUGUGCUAGAUGAACGGCAUUGUGUCAUUGAACAGGAGAUCCUGUUUUCCAUUUUCGACAUUGGGAAAACUUGGAUGGCCAUCGCCUGUACAGAUUCAGGACACGACCUCAGCCAGGGGUCGCAAUUUUCCUGGCUCGGGGGUGGCGCGGAACGAUUGCGAAUUGAACUUCUCCCAAUCGUUCAAUACAGACCGAGAUGUGCGUUGAAAUCCCGCAGUAUACACGAAACCACCGCUGUGCCGAAAAAAGGAGGCAAUACGCAAAGUCUCGCCAUCUUUCCGGAAGGCUACGGCCGUGGUCUAGACUGGUCACUCGCAAGAUCAGACGGCUUUCAUGUCUUGUCGGACGUCUUCAGACUGGCGGCAUUCUCUCAGAAGCAACUCCUGAAUGUCAUGAAAGAGAAAAUAGUGGCCGAAACGAACGCCCCAUCGCUCAGUAAUGAGAAUCCAACAUUGGCCAAUCUGCUAUACUUUCGGGAUAUCCUACAAGAUCAGCUAAGCAACGCCUCGUAUAUGCUUCAGUUGACAAACGGCCAGAACAAAAUCCUGCCAGAUAAUCGUCGGCCUAGCAUCUCCAUGUCAUCAUAUCAGAGAAGCGUAGCCGACCACGCCGUGGCUGAAGUGCACAGUCUAUUCCAAGACCUGCACGCGCAAGCACAGUCCCUGCAGGAGAAGUGCACUCAGGGAAUGACAGUCAUCAGCAAUAACAGCAUGCUCGCCGAGUCACAACGUGCCAUCCAGCAGGCGAAGUUGGUUACGAAGCUUACACUCGUCGCCUUUGUGUACCUCCCGUUCACAUUUACUGCUGGCUUCUUCGGGAUGAACUUCAAGGAGCUGGGGACUGGUACCCUAUGGAUAUUUUUUGCUGCCUCUUUUCCUCUGAUGAUUGUCACUAUGGCAUUUUUUGCAUUGGAUGCGCAAAUGAUUAAGAGAGGCUUGAGAGAGAUGCAUAUAAUAAGUGAAGAUAAAUUGUGAAUAGGGCAAUAGCGAUUGAUAGAACGUCACUUGUAUUCAAAUACUUAUCUUAACGGAAGAAAUAGAAAGUAAGGAUUAUAGACUUUUAGAUAUAUUGGUUUUUAAAUGAUUGAGUUGAUUGCGAAGAUCACUCAAUGGAGGCGAG